AUGCAUCGCCAUGCACUGUGCUGCGCUGCUGCACUACGCUGCGCAUUGUUUUACUUUGCUGUGUUGUUACUAUUAUCGUUGCUCUCAAUUCGGAUCGACCUGUCCGAAGGCCCAACUCCGCAGGCACUCGAGAAGAGGGGGGCUGAAAGUCUCCACUUCGUCUUCCACUCCAUCCAGAUUGGUUUGCCAUACCCUUUCAUGAUGCACUGUGCCCCCAGGCUGCUGCGGUCCUUCCCUCUUCCACACCGCUGGUAUUGCGCUACAGCACAUGUACUAUCCAACAAUCUAGCGAACAGGGCCAUCGGUACACACAGGGUGCCACUCGGACUCUCACUGCAAUUCAGAAACCACCGAGUCCACAUGCUCCCGUGAUCCAAAUGGAACAUUCCGCUCCUCAAAUCCGGGGCGACGCACUCCAUCCGAGACACCGCCAGCAGAUGAGGUAGAAACCCCAUGCUGUGGUCGUUACCCACCACACCCAGGACCCAGCCCCGUGUAUCCCAAAGCCACGACGUGUCUGCCCCUCCCAUCCGCACACCACCAGCCUCCUCGUUUACGGAUCCGUCCAUGCGUGCAUACAUCAUGUACACAGUUACCGCACCUAUAGUACCAACACGAUCGCAUUCUGCCAGGAACAACUCGGCGCCGGAGAGGGGCCAUAACAUGGUUUCUGUCAGAGACAUAUCAAAACUCUUGUUGUCCGUUUGCUCUCCGCUCGGCAGAUGAACGCAAUUCAUGAACCAAUGUAGAGUAGGGCUAUGCACAGACGCCGCAAAACGGGAACGCUUCUGCACCGCACCCUCUCUUCG